UUGCUUUAGUUCAUUAUUUAUUGUGCCUGUGCAUAAAAAAAGUUUUAAUUUCAGAAUGGAGGUAUUAAUUGUGGCCCCUUUUGUUCCAAUUAUUUUUAAUAUUGGAAUACAUAUUUCAACAUUUCUUAUUGAUAAAACGAUAAUACUAUGGAGUUUAUUGGUAUACAUGAUGGAUCAUCCAUUCGAAUACUUUGUAUUGGUAGUUUGUUUUUACACUCUGUUCGAAGUUCUUGGACAUUUGCUGAUUCGAAAAAGGAGACCGCACCUAGUCGUUGGGUGCUGUUGUAUAUACAUUGCGGCAUUGGAGAUCUACGAUACUUCAUUAGGAGCUAUAGAUCUGUUCUCACAAUACGUCAUCAUAUUCACCUACAUGUUUGGCUUUCCCAGAUACUACAAGGAUAAACCCAUCAAACACAUCCUUCGAACGGCACUUAUAUACUUAUUAUUCGCUAAUUCCAAUAUUACUUUAUACUGUAACAGAAUUUUGCAUUUCCAUAUCUUGUUCGUUGCUGCUUUGACCGGUGGUUGCUUCAGCGUUUUCCUGGAAUACUACAUCACUUAUUGGUUUAAAGGGGAAGAAGAGGUUUUAAGGCAAAGAAGAAACUCCGCCGCAAUGCGCGUACAGCAAUAGCAAAAUAUAUUACAUGACAUAUUAUAAAGAAAAUGAUGUUAAGAAACAAUCAUAAUUUUUACA